AUGGGCAAUACCCUCAUUUUCGUCAAUGAUGCUCAGAUGGCGAUUGACAUGUUGGACAAGCGGGCAACAUAUUCGUCAAGGGCGGUAUUCAAUUUCGCUGGCGAUAUCAUUGGCUGGAGCAAAACGACCGCGGCAUUGAAGUACAACAACACAUUGCGUGCGCAUCGCAAGAACUUCGCACGUAUCAUGGGUACAAAGGCACUUGCUUCACAGUAUCACAGCUUGCAGGAAGCUGAAGUUGCCUAUUUCCUUCAGCACGUUCUUGACAACCCCGAAAGUCUGAGAGACCACAUCAAGAGACAAGCCGGCUCUAUUAUCCUGAAGGUUGUCUAUGGCUACAACGCCGAGCAAGAGAAGAGAGAUCCGCUCAUUGACAUGAUCCAACAAUGUACCGAGGAUUUAUCCAGCUCGGGUGUUCCGGGCGCCUUUCUGGUCGACAUCAUCCCAAGUCAUUGGGUUCCCGGAACAGGCUGGAAGAAACUAGCUCGGAAGUGGGCAUAUGAGCUAAACCUUGCAAUCGAGACGCCCUUCGCAUUCGUGCAGCGUCAGCUAGCUGAAGGAAGGGAAAACAACUCAUUCGUGGCGAAUCUGCUCAAAAACAGCGAAAACACUGCCGAGGACGCGCGCGAGAUCAAAUGGGGUUCAUCUUCUCUUUACAGUGGAGGUGCCGAUACGACUGUGUCAACUGUAGCAUGCUUCUUCUUGGCUAUGACGAUGUUCCCCGAAGUUCAAGCCAAGGCCCAGGCGGAGAUUGAUCGGGUGGUGGGCACUGAGAGGCUGCCUACCCUGGACGACCGGGAUUCUCUGCCGUAUGUUGAAGCUAUCAUGAAGGAGACCCUGCGAUGGCACUCGGUAGUUCCCACAGCUCUUCCCCACACUGCCGACGAGGAUACUAUCUAUGCCGGAUACCGCAUUCCAAAGGACACAAUGAUCAUGCCCAAUGUUUGGUGGUUUACCCAUGAUCCCAGCAUUUACCCAGAGCCAAAUGAGUUUCGACCCGAAAGAUAUUUGGAAAGUCCUGGGCACGAGCCUGGAACCGACCCUCGUAAAUUCGUGUUUGGCUUUGGUCGACGAAUUUGCGCAGGCAAGACUUUCGCCGAGAACACUUUGUUCCUCGACUUUGUGCAGUCUUUGGCUGUAUUCAACAUUCGAAAGAAGUCGGUUGACGGCCAUGUGGUCGAGCCACAAAUGAAGAGUCUUCCCGGUGCAAUCAGUCAUUUGGCGCCAUACGAGACGUGCGUGGAGGCACGGUCUCCUCACCACGAGAAGAUGAUUCGUGCUCUUGCACAUAAGUACCCGUGGCAGGAAUCGGAUGGGGAAACGCUGAAGAGAAUUCGAACCCCAAAGACAGACCCUGUUCCGAUUUGA